UUUUUUUCUAAUUUGAAUUCUUUUUAUUUUUUAUUUUAUCAUUUUCAUCUAUAUUAUAUACAUUUUUUUUUAUUAUUAUUAUUAUUUAUCUAUCUUGUCUUUUUUUUUUAACUUUAUUAAAAAGAACUCUUUCUCUUUAUUGUCUUUUCUCGUACUGUUCAUGUAUUCUGAUCAGUGGCAACCAACCUCUGAUCCUCACUUUCAAGAAGAAACAGCACGCGAUGCAAGAGCUCGACGACUAGAAUCUUCAAGGCUGCGCAUUGCUUUGUUUAAAGCUCUUCAAGUUGAUUCUUUUACAGAAAGACAAGUUUCUUUGGAAAAAAUCAUUCAAGUUGCAAAGUCUUAUAUGCGAAUGGCUCAAUCUCCUUUUUCUCCCAUCAAAAGUACUUCAACAUCUCAACUAUCUGAUAAUAGACAACCAGAUAAUUCUAAUUCAACUACCACAAAAUCGAUUUCUCAGACGCAUGACGACAUAAAUGCUCCCAUGACUUGCUCAGAAACUGGUGGACAAGAUGAAGAAUUACAAUACUUUUUAUUAACAAUCCUUCGAUUAUCCUAUACUUGUCCUUUUCGCGACGUACGACAAACUUUCCAACAAUUCUUGAAAACAACUUUGGAUGCAGGAAUUAUACCAGUACCUCAAGCACGUCAAUUAUCACCAUCUUAUUUUAUUCCUCUUCAAGAUAUCUUUUCAUUGGAAUCAACAAGUUCAGUACAUAAUGUCAUUUCUUAUCCAAGACCUUCCAAUCUUUCCUUUUCUCCAUGGUCUCAUGAUGCAAGCGAUUGUGGAGCUGGUAGUGAUUCUAUUGACAUAAAUAAAUCACCAUCUACAUAUCAAUCUCAACAAAACACACAUCAUUCUCAUCAACAUCAUCAUCAUCAACAUCAUUCUCAGCAUUCUCAACAACAUCGUCAUUCACAAUCUCGUAUGACUCCUUUGGCAUCUUCUUUUUCUUCUUCAACUUCUUCACUUUUGAAACCGAGUAGUAUAUAUGAUCGAUCCUCUUCUGAACGUGGAGAUCAUGAUGAUCAUGUGGAUACUGAUAAUGGAGCUGAUGGGGACGAUGAAGACGUAUAUUCUAUGGAUGAUAGAUCAUCAAAAGCAUAUUCUUUCACCUCUCGCGGCAAAUGUACAGGCGGACGACCCUCUGAUGAAUAUGUACGACAAAUGUUGGUGAAAUCUUUUUUGGAUGAAGGAAGAUUGACUAAUGUUUAUCGAGUCAUAUCAUUUUUCCCCACUUUUUAUGAAAUAUUUCAAACAACAAUGAACAAUAUUACCAAAACUUCUAUGGGACCUUUACAUCGGACAUGGCGAACUUACCUUGGUAUCAUGGCAAGCGCAGAACAACAAUGUCAAUACCUCGUAUCUAUUUUGAAGCUGGACUUUUUACAGAAUGGAGGUGAUCCGGUAUGGUUGAAAGGUAUUGAUUAUUGUCCAGUAAAAUUACAACGUAUUACUGGAUUUGUAUUGAAAAUGGCAAGGCAACCAUGGCGAUUGACUGAAGAUGAUCUAUUGGAAUUGAUGACAGUCUCCAACCAUCCUAGUACAUCAGGUUCUUCUCUUAAUAUGACUUGGAGUAAAGGUGAACUAGUACAGGCGAUCCUGGUGAUCUCUACCUUUUUGGGUUUAGGAAACUUUGUACUUUCUUGUGGAAUAGCUCCAGAAAUGGAUAUGUAUGGUGGUUACUAUGUACGAGGAUAUGAUGCUUGUUAUGGAAUUGAAAAUGAAUUGGAUGAUACAGUUCAAUUGACUGGUACUGACCGACAUCAACAUCAUCAUCAUCAACGACAACGAUUAUCAAUGGCAGAUGAAUUGGCAGUAAGAGCAGCUUCAAGUGCAACUGGUUGGUAUGAUAGUCACAUUAGUCCGAAAUCAAGCGAACAUAGCCAAGACAAUAGCGAUAAUGAAGAUGAGAACAAGAAGAAGAAGGAUGAUAUUGGAACAAGUACUCAACCAUCUUUUGUAUCUGAUAAGGGAUUAGGAUUAGGUGUGUCUUUUGAUUCGGAUGAAGAGGAUUUUGGAGAUGACAUGAAUGACGAUGGGCAACACAAUAAUUUAUAUUUGGAUCAGACUAGUGCACUUAUCUCCAAACUUAAAUCGAAUAAGGAUGCAGUCAAGGAAGAACUACAUCAAAGUUUGGCCAACUUGAAUUUAUUUACCAAGAUGGAUCAACAAGACGAUGAAAAGUUAUCUGGAAACACCACUAUCACAACAACAACAACAAUUGACACAACAUCAAAUGAACAACAUGAUGGAAAAGUAUGUGGAGUAUAUGAAGAUCUUACCAGGUUUACUUGUAGUAAAAUCAUGAAACAAGAAUUGAUGGAUUAUGAAGAAUUUGUACCUGGACAUGAAGAUUAUGGUGAAUAUAUGCUAUCUGAAUAUUGUUGGGAAGAUCAUGGAUGUGAUUUAGUGAAUCAUUUCUUACCUGGUAUUGGGAAUGAUUUAGAUGAUGAAUUUAUUGAAUCACUUAGUAUUACAGAUUGGAGUAUAUUUCAUCAAACAGGGGAUGGAACUGUAGAUACUUCACCUUUAAGAAAUGCUAUAUUUGUUUAUGUACAACAAUUAUUAGGGAUUAUCAAAGAAGAUUAUGAUUAUGAAGAUAUACCAAAGUACCUCAAUGAACAAACACAACGAUAUAUUCAAAAAGUAUGCCGACAACCUCAUCUAUUGGAUAAAAAUGAUUGGAAUAAUGUUGGGAUUUCUCUCCGAUCUGAAGAAAAAUGUCAUAUGAAUCUAUUGAUUGCAUCUGCUAGGAAACAGGCUUUACUUUGUUAUGGAUUAUCUUUAGUUUCUCAUGUAUAGUUAUAUAUAUAUAUAUCUUUUUUUUUUUUUGUUUU